UCCAUUGUUUCUAUUCCUUAAAUAGUACCAUCAGCAAUAGUAUUAGUUGAACUAUUUAGGUUUGAAAACACAACGCCGGACACAAAGCAACGAUUGUACAACCUGAAGGCUGAUGUCAGAAAGUGUAAAUAGCUGCGAGGGUGCAAAAAGAUAGUGAACUGGAAGAUGAAGAUUGGAAUUAGAAACAGAGCAGGAAGAUGAAAAAGAAGGUUUGAGGCAACUGUCGCUACCUUCGAGAAGAGGAACCUUCGCUAUUUCUUUCUUUGUCGUCAUUUCCGGCAUACAUUUGACUCAUCGAAAGAGAAGAUUUCUAGGUCCCAUCGCAAAAAAGGACUGUUUUUAGAGUCGAGGAGUUUCCAGAGAACACACAUCGAAUAAGGAUUAUUUCCUCUUGGGCCAUUUAAUACCGGGAAUACUAUAUACUGCUUAGAAACAUGUCUAUUACAUCUAAAUCUAUGUCUCUCAGCAAAGAGAUGUCCGUCGAAGAAUCCUAUAGCAAGACGAGCAUCUCUUCCAGCUCUGUUAGCAGCAAAAUGGAAUCUUCGAUUAAAAGCAGCAGCAUCACCUCAUCUUCGAUCGGUGGAACCGACUCCGGAAUAUCUUCGCUGGUUAGCAAGAUUGAUUCUGAUUUAGCUAUCAUGGACGACGCACGAGACAGUUUAUCAGGUUUAAAAAUGUCGUCAAUGGAGAAGAGUUCUUCUCUUAUGCAAAGUGAAGAUAGUUUCUCUUCUAAAAAACUGGAGAUGUCAUCUUCUCUUGAUGUUCAGGAGUCCAGCAUCUCCAUGUCUUCCACAAAAGAAGAAGUAAGCGUCUCCAAGAGCGAGAUAAGCUCGGAGAAGAAGUCUAUUGCCAAAUCAGAAUCCAUUUCCUCAGAAAUCAGCGAAGAAAAACCAUCUGUGUACGUAGUUGUAAUGGAUUACUCACCACGAUCUGGGGACAGCGAAGGUAUUGAAGUAACAGAAGGGCAAGAAGUUGAAGUUAUCGACUCAAGUCGUGCACAUAAGUGGAGAGUACGUCGAAGGAAGGACGGUCAGGAAGGCACAGUCCCUUCAUGUUAUUUGGAAAAAAAGAGCAUAGUCACUCCGCCAGAAUCUCCUCAAUUAGAUCCCAAAGCCCAAGCAGCAAGAGCAAGAAGGGACCAAGUAUUGAAGCAAUUAGUGGAAUCAGAAGAAGCCUUUUCAAGAGACAUGCAGUAUGUUGUUAAUAACUACAUCAAAGAAAUGGAAUCGAAGACCAUGCCAAAAGAACUUAGAGACCAAAAAGAUGUGCUUUUCACAAAUUUUAAAGCUAUCUCUGAAUUCCACAAUAACGUCCUUAUGAAAGGCAUUCAGUAUUACGCUGAUGAUCCUGCCCGGCUAGGAAAGACUUUCUUAAGACUGGAGCGAGAUUUCGACAUGCACGUCUCUUAUUGCAGAGAUGAACCAGAAGCGCAACAGCUGUUACAAUCCGGUGAACUGAAAGAGUAUUUUGAUGAAUUCAGUAAGAAGUUAGAAGACGAAAAGACACUAUCCGAACAUUUAAAAUCACCGAUUCAAAGAAUUAACGAUUAUCAACUGCUUCUUAAGGAACUCAUCAAGUACACUGCAAGACUGAAAGAAAGUACUGCAGACCUUGAAAAGGCUCACGAUUUCAUGCAAGCCAUUCCACAACGAAUUGCAGAUUUGCAAUAUAUCAAUUCCAUUCAAGGAUAUAAAGGAAAUCUGCACAAACUUGGUAGGAUUCUUAAACAUGACUGGUUUGAAGUUACUGACAGUCACAACUUAAGAAGAGAAAGAUUUUUGUUUUUGUUCAAAGGAAGAAUAUUUGUUACAGACCACAAAAGAGUUGGAGCAACACGCUCAAUUUAUCUAGUCAAAAAUGUUAUCAAGCUUCCAGAAGUAGAGAUUGUAGAUUGUGCGGAUGACGACGAUCUGAAGCUCAGAUUUCAAAGUCUGAAGAGCGGCACAUCAGGACUUCCUUUGACAAUUAAGAGCAAAACAAUAGAGCAAAAGGAUGAUUGGUUAGGUGCCAUACAACAAUCGUCUGCACCGCACGUUGAAGAUCUGGGAGACGAUGAAUUUGAUUUGGUUGAAGACCAGGCUGCAAAGGUAGAAGAACUGUAUGAGAAGCAUGAAAUGAAAGUUGAAGUGAUAGAUGAUUUUGAAGCCUAUGAAGAAAUGCACACGGUGGUGACAGAAAGUGUACGUUCAGGAUCCUUAACUUCACUAGAAGGUAAGGAAUUUUAAGAGAGUAAUUUCGAGACAAAUUUAUAUUUACAGACAAUUCUUAAAAUUGACACCAUGGACAAGCAUUGUCAGAUCCUUGUCGUAUGUCAUUUGGAUCUUAAAUGUUCUGUUCCUAAAUUAAUCAUUUUAAC